AUGUGAACCUUCGAUGUGAACCUUGUAGAUUAAAUAAAUCAAUUGUGCAAUGUUUAGAACAUUGCUAAACCCAAAAUACUACCCAAGCCACGCCAAAGUCUAAUUAUAAAAUGAAAUUGUGUCAUCUGUGCACACAAUAAUUAGCGAUAACGACUACUAGAGGGCCGUGUUGCCGACUGCUGACAGCUGACGGCCAUGUGGGGAGUGGGGGAGAACGACCGAUAAUCGUCGGCGGAGCAGCGCCAGCCGCCUGCGCAGCGCAGUGCGCCAUCUUUAGCCAGCGCGUCAGGGCGUCACGCAACUGUCGCGCUACGCUCUUUGUUUACAUCGCACGAGUUUCUUUGUUCGAAUUAGCGCGCGAUGGAUAAAGUGCGUCUGUUUGUGAUAUAGUUAUAUUUUUGUUAGUGUGAGUGAAAGUUUGCGAACAUGGCCAGCGAACACUCUGAGUCCCAGGAGACCAACUCUACGUCGCUCGUGGAGGACUCGCUCAACAUAUCGUUUGAAGACAUCAGCUACACUGUGCGACAUGGAAUCUUGGCGGGAGGACGCAAGACGAUACUCAACGAGGUUUGCGGCACGUUCAUCGCCGGCGAGCUGACGGUCAUCAUGGGACAGUCCGGGGCCGGCAAGAGCACUCUCAUGGACAUCCUAGCGGGAUAUACAAAACCGACAAGUGGCAAUAUCUACGUCAAUGGACGCGUGCGAAAUGAGAAAAUGUUCAGAAGACGAUCAUGUUACAUUCUACAGGACGACAGGGUGCAAGAUAUGCUCACGAUACAAGAAUCACUUCACAUAGCCGCUGAUCUCAAAUUAGGAAAUCAUAUUAGUAAACAACAAAAAAAACGACGGGUAGAAGAAAUAAUCACAUCUCUUGGUUUAAGUGCAGCACGACACACGAGAGCUGGCAAUUUGUCUGGUGGUCAGAAGAAAAGGCUAGCUAUAGGUCUAGAAUUAAUCAGUGACCCUCCGGUCAUGUUUUUAGAUGAACCUACCAGUGGGCUGGAUAGUUCAAUAUCGAAGCAAAUAGUAUAUUUACUUCACCUUUUAGCGCGGCAAGGGCGGACGGUGGUGGUGACUAUGCACCAGCCGUCCGCCGCACUCUUGCACAUGGUGGACCGGCUGUAUGCCGUGGUGGGGGGACGCUGCGCAUACGUCGGGUCUGUGCCGCAGCUUCUGCCCUAUCUAGAGCAAAUGGACUUGAUGUGCCCGCCUUAUCACAACCCUGUUGAUUUCUUAAUCGAAAUAUGUGUGGAUAAUGCGAGCAAACUGGUCGAGAAUUCUGAAAAUGGAAAGAAUAAGAGGUGGAUCACAAACGUAUCUCAUGAGACUGAUAGUAAAAUAAUAGAAAAAUCUAAUCUAAAUGCUGCUGUGUAUGAAGAGGUUUGUCUGACGACGUUACCUGCCCCUAAAGAGGACCCAACGAGUAAAAUACUAUUAGCACUUAAGAGUACCUACUCCACGUCACCAUGGAAACAAUUCAUCACCCUCACUCGGAGAUCGCUACUGUCAUUAUGGAGAAACCCAUCGUUCACGUUAAUGACAACGGGCAUCCACUGCGCCAUGGCGUUGUUCCUCGGCUUUCUGUUCUACAACGUCGGCGAGGACGCGGCCUACGUGCGGACCAACUACAACUACCUGUACUUCAGCCUCAUGUUUCUUAUGUUCACCGCCUUCAGUGCUGUUACUAUUAGCUUCCCCGAAGAAAUCCCCCUGAUCCGACGGGAGCACUUCAACCGAUGGUACACAGCGGGCGCCUACUACAUGUCGACCAUCGUAUCGACGCUACCCACUCAGACUGUCUGCACUCUCUCCUACGCCAUCAUCACGUACUGGCUGACGGGCCAGCCCACUGAUAUCCGUAGAUUCGCUGGCUUCUGCUGUGUGCUGCUGUUGGUCUCCUAUGUGGCGUUGGUUAAAGGACUCCUCGUUGGAUCCUUGUUUAAUGUUAAGAACGGAGUAGUAUUCGGUCCAUUCUUCAUAAUGCCGUUCACCAUAUUCUCCGGGUUCUUCCUCCGUUACUGCGACGCACCGUUCUUCGUGCGCUGGUUAUUCCAAGCUUCAUUCCUCAAGCACGGCUUAGUUGGGCUGGUCCUGUCCAUCUACGGCAUGGAUCGGCCCAACCUCGUCUGUUCGGAACUCUACUGUCACUACACGUACCCCACUCAGUUCCUUAUGGACACCUUCGUCUUAGGUGAGAAGUUCUCCAUGCUUAUCGUAGCCUUACUUAGCAUAGGUUCUAUUGUUAGUAUACUAGCCUUUCUAAUACUAAAAAUUAGAUUAAAGAACAAAUGGUGAUUUAAUAAGGUAAGUGUAGUGCGACGAGAUGUGGAAAUCUCGUUUUUUUAUGACAAUACAACUAGUCUGUUCGUGGUCGCAAACUGUAGAGUAAGCGAUGUGUAUCACGUCUGCAUUAUUUUAUGAUAUCGUAACCAAACGAGUUUCGUCGGUAAAUAUGUAACUGAGAAACACAAGUAUUUGAUAUUGUGAAAAGUGCUCCAAUUUUAUAAAGUACCUUAUGUCAUUGUACGGGAAUAUUGUAAUAGAAAUACUGAUAUUAUAUUGAUUUGUAGAGUUUUGCUAAGCUUGAAGAAUAAAUGUAGUCUUCUGAGAUACAAAGUAGAUUGUACAUCUUAUAUUAUUAAGUAUAUUAGACAUUCCAAUGUAAAUAUUGUACAUUUUAAGCUACAAUUUAUUACCAGAGAGAAUACGUAUUACCAAAUAUAUUUUUUAAUUUUAUCGAACAAGACAUUUCUUUGAUUUUUCACACUAUCACCCUUUAUUGCCUCAUAAAUCGUAAAAUCAACCCAAAAUAUUCUUUGUAAAACUUAAAAACCACUGCAUACAUGAAACUAUCAGUGGUAAUAAAACAAAAUUAUAAGGCAUAUAAUCCUAAGAAAGAUUUUAAAGGCUUGAUAUGACAGGAUCACUUUUGAUGGAUCUAUCGGAAGCUUUCGAUACCUCUAAUCAUGAUAGCAGUUAUUGGUAAGCAUUAGUUUCAAGGAUUAUUUAUAAAAUUGACACGGGCAUUUGAUUUUCAUUUCCAAUACAGAUGUAUACCUUGAAAUUUUAGAUAAAUACAUUUAAACUGUAGUUGCAUUUUAGCUCAUUAUGUAUUUUUACUUGAUUUUGGAUAUAUUUUAAUUUGGUAUUUAACGUCAAAUAAUAUUAGUAAGGCUAUUUUAAUUGUAAAUAAGUAAAUUACGUUCAUAGAAUAAAUAAAAAUACAAAGGGAUUUUAUUGUAUUAAUUUUUUGGUUGGAAUAAUUCUGUGUUACGUUAUAUUAUAUUUUAUGUACCUAUUUAUAUUAAUCAGAUAAUGUUACCUGAUGUAAAUUCAAAUCAUUAUAUCGCGUCGUAUAUGAUUUAGUGUACAUUGUAUGUUUUUACUUAAGUCUUGCCAUAACGCGUAUGAGUCAUAAAUGUAACAAAUGCAAUAAUGUUAAACAAUAAAUAUGUAUUUAUCAAGUUGUAUACAUAUCAUUGAUUUGAUUUCACUAGUCAGAUACAGAUAUAACUUUUAAACGCUUCAGGUCGUUUGUUUGGUUCAGUCAUAAACUUUCAGUGCUUAAUGUAUUUACUUUAAUAUAAGCGUUUUGACUGAAAUAAUGAUAACAGAAAAAGCAGUUAAAUUUGUUAGUAAAAUAAUGGUUUUGUCUACAAAGUCCAAAUACUCAGAUUUAACCAACACAAACAAGUUAAUUUUUAAUGCUAAAAGAAAAUGGGCUCGAGAAGGAAAUACCUAUGUAAGUAAAAAAUAUUUUAAUAAGUAUUUUUUAAAGAAUUGUAUGAUAGUACUUGCAGACUCAAUGACGCAAGAGACAAAUAAAUGUACAUACCGAAUAACUUGACGAAUAAACCAUUCAACCUUA